UUUGAGGGCGGUACGUCCUUUCCCGAAAACUCCGCUUGACACGCUUCUACGUGUUUAGGUACUUCCUUGUUCUGCAAAAGGCAAUCUAUUUUCUUUCAUUCUCUGGGUCAGUCGUUCACAAGAAAAUUCAUAAUGACUUUUCUAAGGAGGCUUGCGGUCUGGCAGUGUUUGCGAGUGCGGAGACAUAUUUGUGUUCAGACCACAGAGUUUUCCGCAGCCGGUACAGUUCUGAGUCCGAAGGCCGAAAGACAACCGUGGACCCCAUUCUACACUCACAGCCGCAGGCUGCACUCCGAGCUGUCUUCUGAAGCGGCAGAAGUGGAGCUAAAUAAACUGGAAGGUGGUGACACAGGAAUAGCAGAAGUGGUGAUGUGCCGCCAGCACGCACGCAACUCCCUAGGCAAGGUGUUUGUGCGUCAGAUGCGGGAGCUGGUGUCCAGUCUUCACCAUGACUCUACGGUGCGGGUGGCGGUGUUCCGCAGCACGGUGCCCGGGGUCUUCUGUGCAGGUGCUGAUUUGAAGGAACGUGCCCAGAUGGCCAAUGCCGAAGCAGAACUUUUUGUGCACGGACUACGUUCACUCAUGACUGAAAUUGCGUUGUUGCCCAUGCCCACCAUCGCUGCAGUAGACGGCUUUGCUCUGGGAGGGGGCCUGGAGCUGGCCCUGGCCUGUGACCUUCGCACGGCGGCUUUCAGUGCGCAGAUGGGUCUGAUUGAGACAACACGGGGCCUGCUGCCAGGGGCAGGGGGCACUCAGCGGCUCCCACGGGCAGUAGGCUUUGCUGUAGCCAAAGAGCUGGUCUUCACCGGGCAGCGGCUGGGCGGCGAGAGGGCCUUGCAGCUGGGCCUGGUCAAUCGGGCGGUGGGGCAGAACUCUGAUGGCGAUGCUGCUUACCGGGAAGCCUUGGGCCUGGCUAGAGAGAUUCUACCCCAGGGACCUAUUGCAGUGCGGAUGGCUAAGGAGGCCAUGAACAGAGGCAUUGAGGUGGACAUUGCUUCUGGAAUGGCCAUUGAGAGGAUGUGUUAUGCCAGGGUGAUCCCCACUCGAGACAGGCAGGAGGGCAUGGCGGCUUUCAUUCAGAAGAGACCACCACAAUACAUAGGGGAGUGACCGGGAUGUUUGCUAACCCAACACAGUGGGGUAGACGUGCACCGUACAUCUGCUCACAGAAAUGAUUCCCCAUUUGCUUUCACACAUUGUGGAAAUGAAUGUUGCUUAUCUUGGGAUUGAUUUUUUUUCCCUCCCUGAAUUACUGUUAAAUGGUCAGAACAUCUGCAUGAUGUAAUGGAAUAAUGAAAUAAAGAUUUACCUUAUGUUUCUUUACGUCUUUCAGUAGCGUUGGACUCAUUGUGAAGUGGAUUACAAAGUCCAUUUCAUCAGAAUCGUUUGUUAUAAGAUGCUGGUAAAUACACAUGACCAAAUCCUGAAUCUCUUGAAUAAACUGUAUUGCAAGGACAAAUUAAGGUGUGUAAUGGGUGGAAAUAAAAGCUAUCUCUGAAGUUGAA